CUUAUAUCUCUCUCUCUCUUUCUUUUCCAGCAACCUCUUCACUCCGACCACCAAAGUUUCUCUGGCCGACGAAUUUUUCUGGUGAAAUCCUCCAAUCAGACUCGCUCCGGCCAACUGCAAAAAAACCACUCCGUCAGUGUGCUAGUGGUACUGAUUUUCAUCUAGUGGUACGCUACCAGUAGUUGUGGUACGUACUAGUGGUAGUGGUACGCUACAAAUACCACUCGUACCGCUACCAGUGAGUAGUGGUACGCUACCACUACCACUGGUAUCGCUACUAGUGAAUAGUGAUACGAUACCACUACCACUGGUAGCAUACCACUAGACAGAAAUCAGUACCACUACUCACUUGUACCGCUACCACUGAGUACUGGUACGCUACCACUACCACUGGUAGCGUACCACUAGACAGAAAUCCGUACCACUAGAGAAUAACAUAAAAAAACAAGAUCUGGAAUCUGGAAAAUCCCAGAUCUGGAAAAAAAAUUAAGGAAUGAGGAAAUGAGAAGGAAGGGGAGAGGUUGUUACCUAGCGGCGGCGGCUGAGGAGGACGGCGGGAGAGAGAUGGCGGUGACAGGAGUUGGAGGGAGGAGAGAGGGCUGCGAUGGUGGGAGGCGGAGGACGCGACGGCUGCGGAGGGAAGGAGAGAUGGUGGCGGUGGCGACGGGAGGGAAAGACGACGACGGUGGCGACGGGAGGGGGCGGCGGCAGCGGCGGCGACAACGGGAGGGAGAGACAGAGAGUAGUUAGGGUUCUCGGGAGAGGAAAGAGAGAGAGGGGAGAGAGGAAGAGUUUUUUUUUUUUGGAAAUCAGACUAUAUAGAAAAUGAGAAAGGAUCCUGUGUGGUAAGUUUUUCUCUUCCAAAAAUAUCCUUCAUUUAAUCUAAACCGUUAAUUUGAAAAACCAAGAGAGAGGGUGGAUCUAAUGGCUGCAAAGGAGGAAGUGAAAAUCACAACCCCCAUGAGGGUUGUGACGCUAUCUGAACCCGACCUUGAGAGGAUAUUUACUGGAAACAUGAGGGCAAUUACGUACGCUGAAGAUAUCUUGGGGAAGGGGAGGUGCCCUCCAGUAAUGAUUUAUGCUGGAAUUAGUUCAUUUGCACGAAUGAUAUUUACAUUAAAUGUGUGACAUGACAAUUAAAUUAUAAUAAAAUUAAAUUUUUUAA